GCAUGCGCGCGAUCGUUUAUUUCAGUGGGUUUAUAUUUAUAUUAAAAUUAUUUUUAUAUGGCAGUGGUGACAAAACCGUGUAGUGACCUCCAUUGUAUCAGGAAUAGAGGCUGUUCUAGGUCUACGCAACAUGGCUGGACAGUGAAAUCAACAUGCGACUGCAUAAAAACUCAACUGAGCACAAUAGCAAUUUCCUUGACACUAUUCAACACGGUGCGCCUACCGCGGGAGGCGUUCAAACAUGGAGCAGUUCCUUACCUGGUGGUCUACUCAUUUUGGCUGCUAGUAGUCAGCCUGCCGACGACGCUACUGCAGCUUGCUAUGGGACAGCUGAGUCAACAAGAUCCUGUUGGUGUAUGGAGAGCUGUUCCAAUAUUAAGAGGUAUUGGUCAUUUGAGGAUUUUGACGUCAUUCAUAUGUUGUAUGCUCAACGUGAUGUAUGUAGCCCUUUCGUUGGCGUUCUUAAUUUGGAUAGGAAAGGACACAUUCCCACUGAAAGACUGCACUAAGCUGCAUAUAACACCGCACGGAUAUGAAAAUAAAAUGAGUGCAGCCGAAUGUUUCAACACAACAUUCUUGGCGCCGUUCACGGAUAACCCGCAGUAUCUAGGAGUAAUGACAGUUAUAAUAUUUAUUUUAUGGUUUUUCGUGCCAAUAUUUUUGUACCGUCUACACAAAUCGUUAAGAAUCUCACUAGCCGUCAUGGCUCCAAUAGUUGUCAUAAUGACAGUUAUACUUUGUACAUUUCUGUCUAACAGCGAGUCCCUGAGGGCAAUGUUUGAAUCCUGUGAGAAAUGGAUGCCAAUAUCCCAACCAUACAUUUGGCACAGUGCUUUGAUACAAGCUUUGUUGUCCACACAGAUUGUAGGUGGAUAUUUGAUUAGUGGCGGAGGAACUGUUUAUAAUCAUUCCGAUGUGAGAUGGGUAUCGACCUCUGUAAUACUCACAAAUCUGAUUUCUGGUUGGUUGUGGGUCUUGGUAUGGGAAUCAAUUGGUGGUGAUGACAAGAAAGAUACAAGUUUUAUAGCAAUUCUAGUCUUAAUAUACCAAUCUAAUGUGUCAGGGAGAAGAACAAAGGAAUGGCCGAUGAUUGCAUACGGAAUAGUUACAGUAUCUGGCAUUAUAACUAUGCUAACUCUUCUAUUCCCAGUAUAUGAUAAAAUACACCGUAUGGCAGGUGGUAACUGGAGACUUUUUGCAACGGCAUCCUCAGCUGUCGGUACAGCCGUAACAGUGGCUAUUUUAGCAAAAGGUCUUGAAGUAGCCACAAUAUUAGACGACUUAGUGAUACCAAUUUUAGCGGUAUUCACCUCAGCAGUAGAAGUUGUUGGCUUCGUCUUUAUUUAUGGUUGGUUUUACCUCGCAGUGGACAUAGAGUUUCUAACAGGCAUUAAAUUGCCAUGUAUUUGGAUUGGCACGUGGUGGCUGACUCCUAUACUUCUGUUGGGUACGACUGGUUGGUGGCUCCGUGGUGUACUCCGAAAUUGGAGUUACACUCAGACCUUAUGGCCUUUACUGGGGGUCUUCAUAGCGAUUUUGUUCAUCAUGAUAGUAAUGGCAGCCAUUGCUGUAGCUAAAGAAGAACAGUAUAAUUUUGUUACGAAAGUGGCUUCAGCUUUCAGUCCAUCCAGGUUAUGGGGACCCGAAGAACCAAUGGCGAGAUACGUUUGGAUGUCACAACGAUACUCUUGCGAAGUCACAAGCUCUGAUAACGAUAAUAGCUCCGAACCGGUCAAUUAUUCCCAAAUAAUAUUUAGUAAAGACAACGAAAAGAUACACAACGACAAUUGGCUUAAAAGCAACAGUAUAUACCAAAGAAAUUAUAAUCUGUACAACAAAAAUGUAUAUUUAAACACAAAAGAUGUUGAAUACAAUAAUCCACCUAUAUACACUACUUAUUCUGUACCAAGAGGUAAGAAGAAGAAGAGAGAAGAAGAGAAAUUCCGUUCACCAAAUGUGUGUAUAGCAAAAAAUGAAAUAGGUGGUCCCAUAGGUUGUAAUUGUAAUAGACACUUUACGUUAAAUGUACCAGAUUUAAAGAAAAACGAAGUAACGACUAGUCUAUAAAUUUAAUAAGGAACUAAGAACUGUAAAUAAGUAAUGCAAGGAAUCGUUUUAUAAAUCUAAACGAGGUGUUUUUAACUUCUAGAGAUGUAGUGCCAAUUAUUAUUUUACAAUAUUUAUAAACAGCUGUCAGUGAUUUUGAUAUUAUAAAUAGAAACACUUAAGUUUGUGUGAUUGAUACGUGUCUUGAUUUUAGCGUACAACGAUGGCCUUACCUAGUCUAACUUAUAAUUAUAAUCGUGAUAAAGCAAUAAAUUAAUUAUAAUAGUAUUAUCAAAUCUUUAUAUUCCCACAAACUUUAAUACCUGCAACGUUCUGCGAUACCUUAUUUUAUAUACUAUUGAGGAUGACGAUAUUCUAGCUUUAUUAUUUUCAUUAAGGGUUUAAGCGUGAAA